UCGGAUCCCCAUGUUUUUAGGCCCAAUGUCGUAAGUAAGCGGUAGUUUCGUGAGGUGAUGACGUGUGCAAGAUCCUCUUUCGGCUCAGUCCCGAUCCCUCGCUUCCCAAUUCAUUGCCCUCCUCACCUCCCACUCCUGCUUCUUCACCUUCGUUAAGGCUCUCACUCUUCCUCUCUGUCUCUGCUUUUGGUUGCUGGGUCUUUCAAUUGCUAUUUCAGGUGCUCAUGAAUUUGAGAGGCAGAGAAGGACGAGAUAAUUCCAACGCAGGUCUUUUACUGUGUGUUUGUUACACAGAGUAAGAUACAAAUUUUGCCCAAUUGUGUUGUUGGAAGUCAUUGCAAUCAAUAGCAACUUUCUUGCAGAGGUGUUAUCAGCUUACUGAUAAUUUUGUUCAGCUAAGCUGGCAUUGUCUUUACAAGAUGCCAUAUUUUAUACAGAGACUUUAUAAUACUUGCAAAGCGUCAUUUUCCCCGAAUGGACCUGUCUCGGAAGAAGCUCUUGAGAAAGUUUGUGCUAUGUUAGACAAAAUCAAGCCUUCUGAUGUAGGCCUCGAACAGGAAGCACAACUGAUACGCAGUUGGUCAGGUUCUGUAAAAGGGCGUAAUGGGAGCAAUCAAUCAAUGCCACCCAUCAAAUACUUGCAUUUACACGAGUGUGACAGCUUCUCUAUAGGAAUCUUCUGCAUGCCACCUUCCUCUAUCAUACCUCUUCAUAACCAUCCUGGAAUGACUGUGUUGAGCAAGCUUGUUUAUGGCACACUAUAUGUUAACUCAUACGACUGGCUUGAUGCACCUGGGCCUGCUGACCCUUUGCAAGCAAGACCUGCAAACCUUGCUAAAGAUAUUGAGAUGACAGCGCCCUGUCCGGCAACAGUUCUUUAUCCCACUAGUGGAGGCAAUAUCCAUAGUUUCCGAGCUCUAACUCCCUGUGCUAUAUUUGACAUCCUUUCUCCACCGUACUCUGCUGAACAUGGACGACACUGCACUUAUUUCCGAAAGUCUCCUAGAAAGGAUCUACCAGGUGAUUUUCAGUUGAAUGGGACCACGGUCUCUGGUGUGACUUGGUUAGAAGAAUUCCAACCUCCUGACAACUUUGUGAUUCAGAGAGGGCGGUACAAGGGUCCUGUUAUUAGAACUUGACUUGAUUCUUCUUGUUUUGGUGUAGCAUACAUUUUAAUUAUCUUGACACUUGUUAUUAUGAUAUUGAGGGAAUCCUGGUAUAUGAGUUGUCAAUAGCCAUUGCAAUAAAAGUUUUGUUUUGGCCCUAUGUUAGGCAUUUGGUUUGUACAUAUUACACCAAUUAGUUUCUGGAGAUGAAGUUCUGCUGCUGUCUUGUGCUGGGA